AAAAAACUUGAGUAGUCUGUUUCGUCGAGGCCUCAACUAUAUAUAUAUAUAUAUAUUAUAUAUUAAUCAUAUACACACACUUGUAGUAGAUAGUCUGAUAUUUACACUGAUAAAGAAUACAGCACUCAAUUGUAUGGUGGACUGAGUUUGUGCGGGAUGCAGAAAAAAUGGUUUCAGUGAAUAUUAUUAUUCUCUGUGUUGUCGUGUUGGUAGGAUUAUCGUGGCGAGUGACGAGUAGUGUCCCAAUUGAUGCAGGUAACUAUAGUUAGUAUUACUAAAUGAUCGUGUAUUUCCGUGGCUAAAAUGGCAUAAAGAAUGGAUGUUACGGUCAUAAAUUAUAACUAGAAGUUUCUUCGGGAAAACUCUUAUAUGAAAAUGUUCUAUAUAUAUUAAUUAUCAUAUAUAGUUCUUAUGUUUAGAUAACUUUUUAUUCUUUAAUCUGUGCUAAAUGUGAUCAUAUGAGCAAAUAAAAAUUGAUUCAUUAAUGAUUAUAAUUGAUGGCAAAAUGUGUCUAGGAGUGAUACGAUAAAACUUGGAUGGCAAAAUGUGUCAGAGGGAUAUGCAAAUCAUGUUCUAUAUAUUGUUUCAUUACAACAAACUUAAUUAAACUUUCUGACAUGUAAACUCUUCGCUCGAAAUUUGGAGACCAGUUCCUGUUGUAAUUUUGAGGCAGAUCUUGUAAUCUCUAAGUAACCUCAUUUUCAAACUCUCACGAUUACGACUGUUGAAACUGCAACCUAUAUUAUAUAGCUGAUCGCUUUUCAAUCAUUGUCAAAUUCUCUUUCUGGAGGCAAAUCGCUGAAAAAAAUGUAAACCUUAGACGGUAGAAAACCUCUUUCCGGGGUGAAGUCACUGUUUUAGAUUUUCCGCAAUCGCUGGUCAAAGAUUCGUUUCAGUCUUUUAUCUUUGGAUUGAAAGGAAGUCUUGAAAAUUGAAAAAAUCUUGCUCUUUCGGCUGUAAGAUUAUACGAUAAAGCGGGAAAUGUCAGUCUUUGGGCUUGGCAAGCGUAUCAGAGUAUCAUGUUUUUAACGUGAUGUAACAAUAUGAUGUAAUAUGUAUACUGCCUAUAUAGAUAUAGCGGCAAUCAUUUUUCGCUGGAAUGGAUGCGUUGCUGACUGUGACUAUGUGUUACAUAAAAUGUAAAAAAAAAUAUUUUUUUUUAAAUGCUGAAAAGUCGUUGAGUCUAUCCUAUGUUAUAUAAUACUUUAUUGAAUUCUGAUCGUUUAAUUGGCUGUUCAUGGUCACGUGAUAUUGAACAGAAAAUUCCAUUUCCCAAGAGUGCAAUGGAAUACGUUCCAUUGCGCUCUUUGCGUGUGUCAGUUGUACUAUACGUUUUAUUCCAUUGCACUCUUUGUGUUUUCGAUAAAUCGCAUCGGUCAAAAUGCUUCUCAUACGAAUUUUUAGUCUAUUUUGGUAUUAUAUGAAACAAAUAAUGAAUGUUUAUUCGUGCAAUGGUAAGAAUAUUUUCAUUCGGUGAAAGAUGGAAUGUUCCAUUCAACGAGGCGACAAACAUUCAUUAUUUGUAUACCAUAUACUGAAAGUCGUUGAUUCAACGCUGGCUAGUAGAGACUACGUGAUCGUUCUCCAUUAUACUAAAGCCUGGACUCUAUAUGGUCGUGACGGUCGUAAAGAUUGAGUCACGAUCUUUCUCAACAGCCGAAAUACAACAGUUUAGAACUGAAAAUAGGCAGAGCAAUUAUAUCUAGAGAAUACUUAUGAUUUAUAUGUAAUUUACAGGUAAAAACUAUUCGAUAAUCUGGCCGUUGAGAGAGAUCGUAACUCUAUCUUUACAACCAUUACGACAAUAUGGAAACUAGCUUAAUUAAGGCCCUGGUUACACAAUACCGGAUUCUCUUGUCACGACGUCGAAUUAACGGUUUCAGGAAUACCUAAGGCUAAAUUGCGAUAUGACAAAAUAAAACGAACGGCUGUUAAAGGGGGGAAUUUUGUGGACAAACAUUACUCCUGCAUGCAGUCACAAAAUAAGGUACACAGAAAGCCAACUUCUUGGUUUUUCUUAUGAAUUUCCUAUGAUUUUGGCGUAACCCGUAAGUCGUCAUCAAAUGCUGACGCCAUGGUCCUAGCCAGUGCGCGUUUGAGAGGCAUUCACCCCUCCCUCCUGAUAUUAUUCAAAAUGGCGAACGUCCAGGAGGGAAUGCCUCUCAAACGCGCACUGGCUAGGACCAUGGCAUCAGCACUUUGAUGAUGAAUCAUGGCGUGGCCGCGGUUACUCGAGUCGACCUUCUGUAUGUCUUAUUUUGUAGUGCUUGAUGUAGUGACAACCGAAUCCGGUAUCCAGGCAACUGGGGCCUAUAAAACAGCAUUUUUUAAUCAAUUUUUUCACCUUCGUAUUGCGACCACCACUAGCUGUUAGUUAAUUAUUCCCUGCCUCCAAAAUGUUAACUUGACACUGCCAACAUUAUUAAUACUCCAUCUAAAAUAAGACAAUUUAAAAAUAGACUUGGACAAUCGACAUUGAUAACAUUUUUGGGAAAUAUUGUAAUAACUGGAGCCGGGAGAAAUAAGAAAUCUUUUGCUACUGAAACUCAAUAUUCGUUUAAGACCCAUUUCCUCUCAAGAACAUUUUCCGACGGAAAGAAAAAUUUGUAAAAUAUGAUUCAUCGACACAAAUUUUUCGUCGGAAAAAAAUUUUGAAGUCAGUGAAACAGUGAUAUUUUCGGAAAAUUUUCUGCCCGUGGAAAAUUGUCUUGAGUCGAAAUAGGCCUUAAAGAAGAGAUGGAAGGAAAAAGUUAUCUUUGAUCUUUUAAAAAUGUUCCCAUAUCUUUUCCAUAUUGGACCUGUACGUAAACAGCAUACAAAGAUGCAAGUUAAUCUUUGUAUUAACAAGGACGUGAACAAAGAUAUAAUAUUUGAAACUUAGUUGCCCUUGGGCACUUGUAAGAGCUGCGAUAUACUUUUCCUGCUCCAGUUAAUUAAUGCUAGAAUUUUUUUCACAUGUUAAGGUCAUUGCCAAUACCAUAUAUACACUAAACUAAAUUUUAUGACGCGGUAACACAAACGAUCCUUGCCGCCAUUACUCGUAUCUUUCAUUUUUGUAAGUGGAAUUGAAAAAGUCAACGACUGUCUUUAGACUGUCCCAUACCCCAAGCGGUUUUUAUUCAUGUAGGCUAUAGUGCCCAGUUGACUGGACGACAGCAAAGCCGGCCGACACUCAACGUUUGCCACAUAAAUCAUGUAAAAGCUCAGAUAGCUAUAUAUAGGCCUCGCUAUAUAGGCAACCUGAAUGCUUUGUAUACGCUGCAAAAAAUGUUGAGUAAAUUUACACAAGUUUUUUGUGUAAAAUCUUAUAUUUUUGCUUCAGCUGUAUGUGGGAGUAAUGUUUCUAUAGUUCGACUCAUGCACGCAGUAUGAAGUUUAAAAUUUUAAUUUAUGAUUUUUCCACGUUCUCCCCCUUUCUGGAACUCUAAGAAGAAUGAUUAUUAAAUAAGACAAACAUAUGUAGAUAUCUUUAUUGUUUCUGCUUUCUGAGUACAAAUAAAGUCAGCUUAGUUUUACAAGUUUGUUGAACCGCCAGACGGUUCUAUUUUGUUUAGAAUGCGAGUGUCUGAAAACAGGAAAAAUACUGCAGUAGCUUUAAAGUGGACCAAACAGCCUUCCAAAUGUUUCUUUAAAGGCCGAGACACACCGGACGCGAUUCGACAACGCGGCACGAUUUUUCCGGAUUUUCAAUGACCGAUAACUUUGAUCCUAGUUUUCCAAAUAUAUUUAGAAGCGCUAUAACCGUUUGAGUUAUUUGGGCAACAUAUCUUUUAAAAUUUCUUUUCAUUCGGGCUGGUUUAUGAACUUUCAAAAACUGAAAAAUCGCGCCGCAUUGUCGAAUCGCGCCCGGUGUGUCUUGGCCUUAAAAGAAACAUUUACAUUUGCAAUUUUUCUUCUUGUUAUGCAUGCGAAUGAGUACACGGCUAAAAACGCACAGGUUGUUCCAAGUUGAUAUCGACAGGCGUGAACAAUGUUGUGCGGCCAACUAUGAACCAGUUGUCAACCAUGUUGUUCCAAGUUGUUACAGUUGAACAAUGCUGUAACAACAUGUUGACAAUACUGUUCAUAGUGGGCUGCACAACCUUGUUCACGCCUGUUGAUAUCAACCUGGAACAAGUUUUGAUUUUCUCAAUUUUUACGCGUGUAGACGAGUUAUGAAUGUUUGGAGUAUAUGUAUCCUCAUCUGAACAUUCAUAAUUCAUCCACUCGUUCACAUCCAUCAGCAGAAGAAAAUCGCACUAGACGUCGCAGCGAAAAUUGCAACUUAAUACAGUUUCUUCCAUUCAAAUGUUUGUUAUGAUUUCUUGCAUUCAGAAAAUGAUCUCAAGUUUUCAGUACGAAGAGAUGUGCGAAUACGUAAAGAGUUUACAGCCAUGUCGUACAAGGAGAGAACACGGUUCGUCCGAGUUUACAAAUAUGUAUCAAGACAUCAACCUUACAGACGUCGUUUCGAGUACCUAGUUGGACUGCAUAAGAGCUUAUUUCCCAAGGUAUGAUUAGCUUUUGCUGCGGAUUGAGAGCAGUGGCGUAACCGGAAGAAGAAGGCAGGGCGUGCCGACGCGAAUUUUCAGUUUUUAAAAACAAAUAAAACCGUCAACGGAUAAAAAUUUUACAAGAUAUGCAGACCAAAUAGCUAAAAUAGCUUAAGUGAUUUCGAAUAUUUGAAAAACAAUGAAACAUAUUGCAUGAGUUAAAUGUCAUUGAAAAUUCGCGUCGCGUUGCCAAUUCGCGUCCGGUUUGUGUGGACCUUAAAAAGGAACUUUUUACUGCUCCUACGUUUAAGAAAAUAAACUCAAUCAUUGCACCAUUUAGCAAUGCUGUUCUCCUUUCCUGGGAACAAAUUUUAAUCUUAACUUACUAUUUAAUUCAAUUUUCUCAUUGCAUACUAGGUACACGUCGAGAAACAAUUCUUCCCAUGGCACCGUUGGUAUUUGUUACAAUUUGAAAAUCUGUUUCGCAGAAUCGACUCCCGUGUCACCUUACCGUACUGGGAUUGGAGCAUACGCAGUCAAAAACUGUGGCACAUUGGGCGCAAGUCCGUGUGGAAUAAUUAUCCUUGGGGUCUGGGAGGGAAUGGUACUGGGAGCUUCAAUUGUGUUGAUAAAGGUCCUUUUAGUAAGAAGUCGUGGCGCUUGGCACCAAAAUCUGGAGGGGGGUGCCUCAGAAGAAAAUUUAUGGGUAGGUAUAAAUUGUAUGAGACCCACCCUAUGACGUCAUCGCAUUCAUCAUUGCCACAAAAAAUAAAUCCUAGGUGGUGCCACUCCCUAUGACGUCACUUGUUCACAAACAAUUCUUUUUUCUAUGACGUCAUAUGGCGGGAAAAUAGUUGCUGACGUCAUAUGGCGGGAAAAUAUUGCUUGGUUGUGGGGUCUCAUACUACAGGUAUAUAUGAUGAGAAGAUCUUUGGAUCGCCAAGAACAGAUUAUAAAGAUUUCCAAACGCAAGUUUAAAGGUUAUAGAGUCUCGACUGCACAUGACGCGCACUGCGUCGCGACAACUUGCAGUUGAAUCUGAACAAGGAAGAAUUAAUCUCAAACUCAUUAAUAAUUCAUGAAUAAAUUAGCCAAUCAUAUUGCUUUAUCUUGCUCACAUGAUAAUACUGGACACCUGUUGAAGUAUAGUGAUCCUGUCCAGGUCAUACUUAAUCUGCGAUUUGGAUGCGCUGUCGGGUCAACACUUGUUUCGGUAAUCGUUCCAUGUUUCGCGCACCAAUAUAGUAAACGUUAUGUAAUGGAUAUUAUAGUGUACUGCAAAGUCAACUGGAUACCUCCAUAAACAUAUAUACACACCCUAACCCUAAACCUAACCCCUAACCCCAACUUAUAUUGGUGCGCGAAACAUGGAACGAUAACCCUUGUUUCCAUCUGCCAAAUUGACGUGACGUCAUUUUUGAAAGGUGUUAAAUGGCUAUGCAACUGACCAUAGUUAAUAGAGGAGAUGGUUUGGAAGCUCGUUAGCAUUACAAUAAAAUCACAAUAAACCUCAUUAUCUAUGUUGUUCAGGUUUAUGCAAAAAUGUGGUCUUUCAUCGUCACGUGCGUAUUGUAUUUUCUCAAGUCAACCAAUAGGAAUGUUCAAAAUGUCCUAUAUAUUAUUAAAGUCAUGGAUGAGCAAUUGGACAAAACCGUUGCUAUUGGCUGGUUGAGCAAAAAUACAAUACGCACGUGACGAUGAAAGACCACAUUUUUGCAUAAACCUGAACAAAAACAUAGAUAGCGAGGUUUAUUGUAAUGCUAAUGAGUUUCCAAACCAUCCCCUCUAUUAACUAUGAACUGAGCCAAACCAUACUCCUACUCUAACCCGUCCAUAACCAAAUUAAUAAAUCCAAAAAGAAACAACUUUAGUUGGUAGAUGGAACAACUGAAGACCGCGCUGUCGCCACUGCACUUAUUGACGUACGUUGCUGUUUUUGUAUAGGUCGAAUGCCAAGUGUGGUCGCUGUUCACCUCACAUUGCGUAAAAAUGCGUCACAGUUCAAACAAUUCGAGAAAAAAAUCCGGAAAUUUUACCACAACGAGCUCCACUGUUGCAUCCAAGGCACAAUGGAACUGGAGACCGCGAGCAACACCCCAGAAUUUCUGCUGCAUCACACAUUCAUGGACAAAAUAUGGUACGAUUGGCAAAAUAAAGGAGAAGAAUACAGAAUGAAAUUAGCGGACAACAUGGGCUCAACGGUUCGUGGCUCCCACUACAAAGUCCGCCAAUUCAUGGACCCGAAUAACCUCGGAUCUUCUGGAACGAAGCUGCGCUACGUGGACCCAUUCCCCGGGUACAAACGUCUCCAUGCUACACUGAAUUCCCUAGACUCAGACGCGGUGAAAAUGUUGGAUUCGUACGACGAGAAAUCCAAGCAACAGUGUUGUCCACAUGAUCCUAAUUCUGCUUUUAAGAAGACUAUGGAAAUUGAUAAAUAUCGUGCAGAUAUCCCUCUUGAAGUCGCAGUAGAUUAUGGACAUUGAAUAUUCUUGUAAUAACAAAAUCAGUAAAUGAAAUGAAUUAUCUGAUAAUUGGCUUUUGAUUAUCUAAUAUGACUUGGAAGCUUUGUUUUCACGAGUUAAUAAAGCGUUACAAAUUCCACAGUUUUCCAUGUCUCCAGUAAUUUAUUAUUCUCGAC